ACUGCCAUUAUUAAAUAUAGCAGUAUCAAAUUGAUCCAGUCAAGAUCAAAAUGAAUUCUAAGAUUGUCUUAUUUUUCGUAGGAUUAUCAGCUGUUUGUUUUCUAAACGCAAAUGGCGAAAAUUUGCCCAAGCCUGAUUCCAUGUUUGAUUCGGACAUGUUAUUUCAAACAUUUCUUUUUAAACUGAAGAAACUGGUCACGAUCGCAUCCACACUGACAAUUUUAACACAUGUAUUAACCCCUGAACCAGAAAUAAAGACGCAACCUAAAGCAAAUCACGCUCUACCCCAUCCACCUGUCAGUCCGCUGGCGUCGUUGACUAAAGAACAACGUGCGCAGUUUUUGAGAGAAGCUGGGUCUUCAAGACCUAAUGAAAGAAUUCGUAGAGCUGAUGGACGUCCUUACCUGCCAAGACCUACACCAAGACCAAACUUAUCUUAAAAAUAGAGAAACUUUUUCCUCUUUACUUAGUAAUAAUUUGUUAUUUAAUCUUACAGUAUGAUUAAAUAAACUUAUAACAAUUUC